AUACAGUUUCUUCGUGUGAUUUGGAUUAUUUUAGUGCAAAAUGUUCAAGAGUGUAAUUGAAACGAUCUUCAUAUUUGUGGCGCUGUCGCUUUUGAGCCGUCACUUAACUAAAGCUGAACCACAAGAUUUGGCUCAAAGUUUUGGUUCUAUUGACAACAAUGAUUUUGCUGCUUAUCCACACCCAAGAUUCGGUCGAUUCAGAAGAGCCGCUGAUGAUUCGGUAGUUUUUCCUAAAGAACAAGUGGCACAGCCAAAAGCGGAAAACGUACAACCAGAUCUGCCAAAAGUAGCUAAUGAAGGAGAUGCAAAUAAAAAUGGAACCGAUGCAGAUUUGGAAUCACGAUUCGGUUUCCUCGGCGGCGGACGACCUGGUGGCUUACUGGGUGGUUUAGGCCAAGGUUUAAUUGGUGGAUUGGUCAAUGGAGGCAGAGGCCAAUAUGGACCUGGCUUCGGUGGUGGCGGCUUCGGUCCAGGCGGUGGCUUCGGUCCAGGUGGAUUUGGUCCUGGCUAUGGAGGCUACAAUAAUUAUUAUGGCCCAGGCUACGGCGGUGGCUUUGGCGGUCCCGGAUUUGGACGUUAGUUUUACUACAAAACCAACCACUACUCAUAGUGAUUUUACUUGUCAUGACUUGUGUGAAAUGAAAAAUUGUACAUGCUCAUUAUUUAUUAUUAGCAAAUGU